AUGCUUUCCAAUGAGAAACACAAUGCAUCACCUAACCGCUCGCCUGCCGAUCCUGACGUCGAAGUCGCUCUGCAUACUGCCAACCCCAAUGUUGAGAAUGGGGCGCUCAAGAGGGGGCUCAAAUCUCGACACGUCGGGAUGUUUUCCAUUGCAGGCGCCAUCGGAACAGGCAUUCUAAUCAGUAGUGGAACAGCGCUGUCGCGAGGUGGCCCUGCCAGCAUGCUCAUAGCCUAUUCCUUUGUUGGCCUCUUGGUGCUCAACAUCAUGUCUGCUCUUGGUGAAAUGGCCGUUUUCAUGCCUAUGGACCAGGGCUUCGGCGGAUAUGCCUCUCGUCUGGUGGAUCCGGCAUUUGGAUUCGCUACCGGGAUGAACUAUUUUCUCAAAUAUGUGGUGCUCCUGGCCAACAAUCUCACGGCUUCGGCAAUAGUGAUGCAAUACUGGCUCCCUGAUAUCAACGUGGCUGUCUGGGUUGUUUCAUUUGCUGUCAUUAUUAUAAUGAUUAAUUUCAUGCCUGUCCAGUAUUUCGGUGAAAUUGAGUUCGUUGCGGCGUGCAUCAAGACAGUCACUAUUGUCGGUUUAAUGAUUCUCUGUCUAGUCAUCGAUUUAGGGGGGAGCCCGCAAGGACGUAUCGGAUUCAGGUACUGGAAGAACCCUGGUGCCUUCAAAGAGUACCUUGACACAGGUUCCACAGGGCGCUUCCUUGGUUUCUGGGUUUCUGUAACAAAUGCAGCAUUUGCAUAUAUGGGCAGUGAGAUGGUGGGUAUGACGUUUGGAGAGGCAUCCCAGCCAUGGAAAACGAUCCCGAAGGCCGUCAAUGCGACGUUCUGGCGCAUUACGUUUUUCUAUGUCGGGGGUGUCUUCUGUCUGGGGCUGGUUGUAUCCUCUUCGAAUAAUCGCUUGAUAGACGCUACUAAAGCGGACACUGGCGCAGGCGCUUCUCCUUUUGUCGUCGCGAUUGUUGAUUCCGGAAUCCCAGUCCUUCCUCAUAUAAUCAACGGCUGCCUGCUGGUGUUUGUCCUCAGUGCGGCGAAUACAGAUAUUUAUGUUGCGUCCCGUACUCUAUAUGGCCUGGCAAAAGACGGUUAUGCACCGGCUUUGUUCAAAUUUACGAAAGGGUCCAUUCCUAUCUUUGCUUUGGCAGCAGCCUCCGCAUUCUUCCUUCUUGCAUUGCUGAACAUUAAUUCAGGAAGCGCCGUGGUUUUUGGAUACCUAGUAUCUCUUUCCACAAUUUUAGGGCUACUAAACUGGGUCAGCAUCCUAGUAACCUAUCUGUUUUUCCACCAGGGUAUGAAGGCCCAGGAAAUUAGCCGGGAAGACCUGCCCUUCUCGGGCCAUUUCCAAAAGACGAGGGCCCAAAUGACUCUAUUCUUCACCGUGGUAAUAAUCUUCACUAGUGGUUUCUCUAGCUUUGUGCACGAGUUCGAUCCCGUAGGGUUUGUCGUUAGUUACGUUGGGAUAUUGGUUUAUGUGGCUUGGUUUGCUUCGUAUAAAUUCAUCCGGAAGACCAAACUUGUCGGUUUCCGUGACAUGGACAUCACGACCAACAUAAUAACGAGGCAAUAUGUCGAAGAACUGGAGCAUGGUAUAGCAUGA